UGACAAUACCACCAACAACAUUUCUACAAUCACACCAGCACGAGAAGAGCAAGACAGACAGACCAGCAGUCAUGGCGUCUCGCAUUGUGUGCCAAAAGCCGUCGUAUGUGAAGGGUGUCGCCCAUGCCCUGCGGCUGCUGUGUGAGGCAAACCCUCCGCUUGUGACGAGGAUGGUUGUGCACCCCAUGCAGCGGUCGAUACGCGUGGCGCGUCAGUUUGACAUUCGCGUCGUCGGGGAGUCAACGCACGGAUACAGACUCAGAGCCAAGCGCGACAACACACUCCAAGAGGUGUUUGCGGUGACUUCUGUCCCACGCAAUAUGCUGCAGUAUGCUGUGGAUGAGGUGAUUGGAAAGAACCACCUGGCGCGACUUCAGAGGCAGCCACUCCCAAGUGGUGUCACAGACGAGCAAUACAAGGAAUUCCAGGCCCAGCUGCGAGCAGCGCACGCGAACCAACAAUCAACGGCGUGAAUGCUAGCAGAGGCAGUGAUACUUGAUGUGGUUUUCGAAUUUGGGUGGCACGGCACGCUCAGCUGCUGUAGUCAUGAUGGUGACAGUGACAACCUGCCGCCUCCACCCUGUGUGUGUGUGUGUGUGUGUGUGUGUGUGUGUGUGUGUGUGAAGGUGCAAUACUCUUGUCCUUGUACAUUCCCUCAACGGUCCACUUGCCGUGGGUGAUUGGCGGCAGUUGGUGCGGUGCUGCUGCCGUUUGUGGUUGUGAUCAGCUUCAGUAUUGUUUGCUUG